UCUUCUUCUUCGCAGCCCAGCUGUCCAGCGAAUUUUACGAUCUUAUUUCGAACGAUGUUAGAUGAGGUUAUGUUGUUUUUUGAUACAAAACAGACAUUUCUCUAGCGGUAUUGUGUAUUUUUCUGUUGUUCGAGAAUGAACGUGGAAGACAAUUGUAACGAUCAAAGUAAACAGUGGAAAAUACUUAACAUAAUAUGAUGCAAUUUAAUAAUGUGGCAUGAAUUCGUCCGCUGUUCUGGUGUCUCUGUGCGUUAUUCGCAUCGAGAUUUGUGAUCCACAGUUGGAUGAGACUGCCAGCACCAUGGCUGCGAGAAAGAUGAGAGGUUGCAGAGAACCAAGAGAUAUUACUGUAGAAACUUAUACAAACAUGACAGAAAAUCCAUCGCCAUUAUUAUCAAACCAGAGCACAAGCAAGUCGCAUUCAUCAUCGAGAGCAAAUUCUGAAGAGAUAUCGUUUGCAAAUACAAAUUCUGUCUCAAAUACAACUUCGGCAGAAAGUCCUGGCGCUGCAGCUUGCACUUCACCCGAUCAAAUAAAUUUUAUUUCCGGAAAUCCUUUCGUAGAAGUUACAAAAGGCAUCCUACAUCUUUUCAAAGAAGAUGAAUUGACAGAAAUGCGAUGUGCUGCGGAUCGCAGCCACACCAUCUGCAUCCUGUCCGUGCCAGCAACAAUGACCUGUCACGACCUUUUGACUUUUACAGCAGCUUGUCAUCAGGAUAUGCAGCAUUUUAGAAUCCUUAGAGACGGCAGUCCUAAUCAGUAUAUGGCUUUGAUUACUUUUAGAUCAUCUAGUGCGGCAAGUGAGUUCUAUGAAACAUUUAACGGUGUUCCUUACAACUCUUUAGAACCAGAUGUCUGCCACAUGGUGUUUGUAUCCAGAGUUGAGGUUGGAGACAAUGGGAUGUCUUUGAGUGGACAUACAGAGUUACCAUCGUGCCCCGUUUGUCUGGAAAGGAUGGACGAGAGCGUGGAUGGGAUUCUUACAAUAUUGUGUAACCACACUUUCCACUCCAGUUGUCUUGUGAAGUGGGGUGACACAUCCUGUCCUAUCUGUCGAUACGCUCAAACUCCGGAACCAUUGGCUGAAAGUCGUUGUAUGGAAUGUGUUGCAGACACCAGUAACGACGCUUUGUGGAUUUGCUUGAUCUGUGGGCACGUUGGUUGCUCGCGUUAUCAUCAAGGGCACGCGUUCGAGCAUUACCGAGACACGCAUCAUUGUUACGCGAUGCAAUUGGGCAACAAUCGCGUCUGGGACUACGUGGGUGACAACUUCGUGCAUCGAUUGUUGCAAGAUAAGGAUGGCAAGAUGGUGGAAGGUGGUCCCACCACGGCCAAGAAUGAAGGCGCUGCCGUAGAGGAGAAGGUCGAUUCGGUGCAGUUAGAAUUCACGUAUUUACUAACGUCGCAGUUGGAAACGCAACGACAGUAUUUCGAGGAAAAGCUCAAUCGAUCGGAGCAACGUUCCAUAGCGGAUAUAACCGAGCUGAGAGAUAAAUUAGGAGAAAUAUUAGAAGAAAACGCACAAUUUAAGAAACAAUUCACGACGCUUAGUCGUGAAAAGCAAACGCUGGAGAAACGUCUGCAGCACUCCAACAACAAAUUGGCGCAAAUACAGGCGGAAUUGACGGAAGAGAAAGAUCUGAGAAAAGCUUUGCAAUCAAAUCAGGUCUUGUGGCAAGCGAAAUAUAAGAAGUUACAAGACGAAUUGUCCGAAUUAAAGACAGCCAAAGAAACGGAGAUUGCUGAUUUGAAAGAACAGAUUCGCGAUCUCAUGUUUUUCCUGGACGCGCAAAAACAGAUCGAGAACUCCACCGAUCGGGAAGAAAUCGCAGCGGGUCAAAUUGUAAUCCCUCCAAGUCCGAAAGGUGGAAAAUCGUCGGGAUCUCGCGAACAUAGAAGUUGCAAGAGGCGUUAAUGUUAUCGGGGAAGUAUACAUAUAAAACUUUGAAUUUCUUUUAAUUUGUUUUAAAUUUAUUUUGGAAAAAACCUUCUAUAUAUAAAACA